AUUAAAAUCUCGUUUGACGAAAAUGAAAAACUGUUUGUUUCCAUUUUCAAAAGCGUUCCCCGGAAGUCUCGCGAUGUUACCCCUCUGGGUUUUUAGAAACUUUGUGGUUAGAGGGUCCAAGUCCGUUCUAUUCAUAAUAUUUCUAUGGUAGCAAUGUGUGGAAGUGGGUGGUGCCAGAACAUUGUUGAUUUUUGCAAAUUAAACUGUAGUUAAUGUAGCCAGUCAACACGAGUAAUUUUCCGUUGCAAUCAAAGAGCAAAAUAUAUAGGCGACAGUAUGGCCACACUGAGAAGUAAGUCUGACCAAGAAAUCAGGGAACUGUUGGACGAGUAUGGAAUUAAGCACGGGCCUAUCGUUGACACUACAAGACCCCUGUAUGAAAAGAAGCUAAAAGAGGCCAUGGCCAAAGACAAGAAAGUCACAAAACCAUCCUCAGACAAAACCUUCUACAGAGAAGAGCAGGAAGAAGUCACUUACGUUACCUAUCGGACACCAGUUAUAAGCGAAGGACCUUCAGGAGAUGGAAAACCCUACAUGAGGUCAAGACCAGAGUAUAGUGAGAUGGACUUUGUGGAUGAAAAACUCUAUUCGAGAUCAAGACCAGAGUACAGCAGUGGAAGGCAAUACGUUGAUGAGCCCCAUGUCUACAACACACCAUCAUACUCAUCCUACUCCAAACCAACGCCUGUGGUGAAGUCUGGAGGUGUCGUUGUAAAGGAGGAAAAAACAGAGAGUUCUGGGAGACUGGUCCCUCUCUGGAUCCAGUUUCUGGUCUUCCUGAUCGUAGCCGGGUUCCUCUACUUCAUAUUUAUCAACAUGGAGUCCGUAGAGAGUAGCCCCUUUAACAGAAUCCAAUGAUCACAUUUUUACAAAAUAUGGGAUAAGUUCAUUAGGCAGAACAUUUUAAAGAAAACAGUCCAAAAUGGAAGUAAAACAUUUUUUUUAACUCGUCCAAUAAUAAAAUCACACAUUUUCUGUUGGACAACGUUUUAAAACGUUUUGCUACAGUGUGAAUGAAUACGUCCCAGUGUUCAUAUUUUGACAGAUGAAUUAUGGAAAUCCCAUGCCUGUCAUUCUUUGUGCUUGUGGUUUAUAUAAAAAGGUGACUGACAUUGGAUUCUGCCAAAGGAAAGCCAGAACAUUUCCUUCCGUCCAGACUUGUAUUUAGUUACUAGAUGAUGUAUAGUAUUCUGUUAUCAUACAACUAUGUUACCAAAAUAGGGUGCUUCUACUAUGGGUAAUAGUACUGUGAGAAAGUGUCAUCACUAUCUUCAUCAUCUCCCAAAAAAUGUAGUGUCCACAGCUCAUAGUAAAUACAUCUACCACAUAUAUAUACAUAUAUAUAUAUACACAUAUAUACAUAUAUGUUAGUAUCAAAUCAGAAAUACACAAAAGUAUGUGGUCACCCCUUCAAAUUGUUGGAUUAGGCUAUUUGUUGCUGACGGGUAUAAAAUUGAGCACACAGCCAUGCAAUCUCCAUAGACAAACAGUAGAAUGGCCACUUUCAACAUCAUUUCCUCAAAUUUUUGCCCUGCUAGUGCUGCCCCAGUUAACUAAAAGUGC